AACCCUACAGACCCCUAUGAACCCCUAAAGAACCCUACAGACCCCUACAAAACCCUAUGGACACCUACAGACCCCUACGGACCCCUAUGGACCCCUACAGACCCCUGUGAACCCCUAAAGAACCCUACAGACCCCUACAAAACCCUAUGGACACCUACAGACCCCUACGGACCCCUAUGGACCCCUACAGACCCCUGUGAACCCCUAAAGAACCCUACAGACCCCUACAAAACCCUAUGGACACCUACAGACCCCUACGGACCCCUAUGGACCCCUACAGACCCCUGUGAACCCCUAAAGAACCCUACAGACCCCUACAAAACCCUAUGGACACCUACAGACCCCUACGGACCCCUAUGGACCCCUACAGACCCCUGUGAACCCCUAAAGAACCCUACAGACCCCUACAAAACCCUAUGGACACCUACAGACCCCUACGGACCCCUAUGGACCCCUACAGACCCCUGUGAACCCCUAAAGAACCCUACAGACCCCUACAAAACCCUAUGGACACCUACAGACCCCUACGGACCCCUAUGGACCCCUACAGACCCCUGUGAACCCCUAAAGAACCCUACAGACCCCUACAAAACCCUAUGGACACCUACAGACCCCUACGGACCCCUAUGGACCCCUACAGACCCCUGUGAACCCCUAAAGAACCCUACAGACCCCUACAAAACCCUAUGGACACCUACAGACCCCUACGGACCCCUAUGGACCCCUACAGACCCCUGUGAACCCCUAAAGAACCCUACAGACCCCUACAAAACCCUAUGGACACCUACAGACCCCUACGGACCCCUAUGGACCCCUACAGACCCCUGUGAACCCCUAAAGAACCCUACAGACCCCUACAAAACCCUAUGGACACCUACAGACCCCUACGGACCCCUAUGGACCCCUACAGACCCCUGUGAACCCCUAAAGAACCCUACAGACCCCUACAAAACCCUAUGGACACCUACAGACCCCUACGGACCCCUAUGGACCCCUACAGACCCCUGUGAACCCCUAAAGAACCCUACAGACCCCUACAAAACCCUAUGGACACCUACAGACCCCUACGGACCCCUAUGGACCCCUACAGACCCCUGUGAACCCCUAAAGAACCCUACAGACCCCUACAAAACCCUAUGGACACCUACAGACCCCUACGGACCCCUAUGGACCCCUACAGACCCCUGUGAACCCCUAAAGAACCCUACAGACCCCUACAAAACCCUAUGGACACCUACAGACCCCUACGGACCCCUAUGGACCCCUACAGACCCCUGUGAACCCCUAAAGAACCCUACAGACCCCUACAAAACCCUAAGGACCCCUACAGACCCCUAUGAACAACUACAGACCCCUACGAACCCCUACAAAACCCUAAGGAUGCCUGCGGACCCCUACAAACCCCUAUGA